AUGGGCCCACAACAGUCCAAAACCGAACCAACCACACCGCAGGAUUGCGGACUGGAUCUGAAAUUCCAUUUUAGCGAGUCCAUUUCUCAGUUCUUCGAUCUUGGUUUCCGAAGGGGCCUCCAAACCCAACUCAUUUUUACAUACAGCAAUUGCCUUCACAGAACCCAACUUCAAACUCUCACCAACUUCUUCACCUUGGUCAGCCAAACAAACUCAUUAUCCUUCAAUGCUAUGAUAUUGGAUUUUCGUCGAAAAUGGUGGACUUUUCUCGCUCUACAAACCUUUGCCUUUACCCAUAUUAAUGGUGUUGAUAUAGAUUCAUACGCUCUGUGUAGCUUGUUAACAGCUUCCUCGGAUAUCAAAGAUGUUGAAUUUGGUAAACAGUUGCAUACCCAUGUGAUCAAAUCGGGUUGGUUAUCUAGUGUGUUUGUGGGGAGUGCCCUGAUUGAUUUUUAUGCGAAGUUGUUGCUUAUCAAUGAUGCAGAGGAAAUGUUCGACAAAAUGCCUUUUAGAAACUCCGUAUGUGCAAAUGCACUUAUGUAUGUGAAGUACGGCAUGUGGAAUGAGAUCGAGCAAUUCAGGGAGGAGAUGAAAGAAAGAGGGCUGGAGAAAGAUGUUGGUUGCAGUCAGAUAGAGGUCACGAGUUAA